CAACAGUUAAAAACAAAAUUUGUAGAUCAUAUUACAGGUAUUUUCAAAAUAUCUAAAAUUAUGAUAAUUACGUGAAGAAAAGUUUGAUUAAGCAUCAGUGUUUAUCUUAGAUGUGUUAAAAAAUAAUAAACUAAUCGAUAUUUAUGAAAACAUAUUAUAUUAAAUACAAUUUGAAUCGACAAAAUGGCACAGAAUGCAGUAGAACCUAUGCAAGUAGACGCGCCACCAGAAGACAAUGAUAACAAUGAAGAAGAUAACUAUAUUGUAGAAAAUCCAACAUUAGAUUUGGACGUUUAUGCAAACAGCUACGUAGGAUUGGCAAAGUUGUACCGGCUUAUUUAUAUAAUAGAUCAUUGCCCUUCCCUUAAAUUAGAGGCACUUAAAAUAGCAAUAGCAUAUGUAACAGAUACAUACAAUGUAAACUUGUAUCAAGUUUUACAUCAAAAACUAGCUGAGAUAACUACAGCUUUGAACGUUCCUGAUGUAGCAGCCCCUUCUACAUCCCAAGAUAUACCUGCCAUAGAUAAUAUGUGGAUGGAAACGAAGUCAAAAAAAGCAGCAUUUAAGCUAGAAAAAUUGGAUAAUGAUCUAAAAAAUUACAAAUCAAAUUCAAUUAAAGAAAGUAUUAGAAGAGGACAUGAUGACUUAGGUGACCAUUAUUUGGAUUGUGGUGAUCUAUCUAACGCUCUAAAAUGUUAUUCAAGGGCUAGAGACUACUGUACUAGUGGAAAACAUGUUGUUAAUAUGUGUCUGAAUGUUAUAAAAGUAUCUGUAUAUUUGCAGAAUUGGUCUCAUGUAUUAAGUUAUGUUUCUAAAGCGGAGAGUACACCCGAUUUCUCGGAAACUCAGUCUAAGGAUUCCAACCAAAUCAUAUUGACAAAAUUGAAAUGUGCGGCAGGACUUGCAGAACUAGCAACAAAGAAAUACAAAUCUGCCGCUAAGCAUUUCCUUCAAGCAAAUAUAGAUCAUUGUGAAUUUCCAGAAUUACUUUCUCCAAAUAAUGUUGCCAUGUAUGGGGGUCUGUGUGCACUAGCAACAUUUGAUAGGCACGAGUUACAAAAAAAUGUUAUUUUUAGUAGUUCUUUUAAACUGUUUUUAGAAUUAGAACCACAACUACGUGAUAUAAUUUUCAAAUUUUAUGAAUCAAAAUAUGCCUCCUGUUUAAAACUAUUAGAUGAAAUUAAGGACAACUUACUCCUCGAUAUGUACAUUGCUCCUCAUGUUAAUAUUUUGUAUACGCAAAUUAGGAACAGGGCGUUAAUCCAAUAUUUUAGCCCUUAUUUAUCUGCUGAUAUGCACAAAAUGGCUUUAGCCUUCAACAGAACCGUGCCUGCUCUGGAAGAUGAACUAAUGCAACUUAUCUUAGAUGGACAAAUUCAAGCUAGGAUUGAUUCUCACAAUAAAAUUCUUUUUGCUAAAGAUGUGGAUCAACGUAGUACUACUUUUGAGAAAAGUUUGUUGAUGGGGAAAGAGUAUCAGAGAAGAACUAGAAUGUUAAUUUUAAGAGCCGCAGUUUUAAAAAAUAAAAUCCAUGUCAAGGUAAGUUUAUUUAAUGUUUCUGUUACAUUUUUACUUGUUUUUCUUUGCAAACAAAAUGUCUACAAGGAUAUAAUUAAACAAAUAUUAAUCAAAAUUCUCUGAAGUGAUUCAUAUUGUGCACUUCAUCUACUUUAUAAGGUCAAUUAAUCUGUGUUUGUCUAUUAAUUAUUUAUUUCUACAUUUAACUUUUAAUAAUUUUUAAACUAGACACUGUGGCCUCCAAGGACAUGAAGAAAAUUUUUUUAUUUUGUUUCAACAAGUUUUUUAACUUGUCUAAUUUGGUCUAAUUGUUCUUCACCACAAAGGAAAAGAGCGAUGAGAAUGUGUCAAUACAACUGAAUGAAAAAAGGCAAUUAUCUUAGAACAAGUUCAAAGUUAUGUAUAUUUUGAGGUGGUUAUCAAGGUCGACGGUGACGAGGGAGGAAAUCUGGAAGAGAGGAUGACGAUGGGAAAUAAAUAGUUGGAAGCGCUGAAUGUUAUGAGAAGAUCCAAAAUAAUCUGCAGAAAGGCGAAGCUACAUCUUUACAAAACAAUAAUAAGACCAACAGUGAGCUAAGGAGCAGAGGAAGAGAAUUUAGAUAUAUGGGAAAGAAAAAUACUAGGGGCUAAAAAGGAGGGAGAAUUAUGACUGAGGAAAAUAAAUAAUGAAAUACGGAAUCUAUUUGAAGAAGCAGAAUUAAGAAAAGAUGCCAAAGAAUAGAGUUGAAGUUGUCGAAUAAUAUAAAUAGAGUAUUCUAUGCUAGCAGGAAGUAAUAUAGAAAGAAUAAGUUGAAUUUGAAUCUUACUUACAAUAUAAUGUUCCUGACAAGAAAAAUAAUUACAUCUCGCAGGACCGUCAAAAUGACCUGUCACAAAACAGGAUUUAUAUACCAUUUUUCAGAUUAAUCAAAUUUUAAUAAUAACACUUGCUUUAGAAGAACCGAGAGAAUAAUUGUCGUAUUUACUUUGUAUCAUAUGUUCAGUGUUUAUACCAUGACGUCAAGUAAUAUGGCGGCCGUACUGAAAUGUUUAAACUACCUACAAAAUUUUUGAAUUUUCAAUAAUUUUUUUCUCUCUAAAUAUUGAUCAAAAUUAAAAAAUAAUAAUAAAAGUUGUAUAAAAACUAUUUUUUCUCUAACCAUGCUAUUACUCUAUUGUAUAUGCGUAUUUUUUAUUUUUAGAGUCCUCAGAGAGAAGCAGGUCAAACGGGAGAAAUUACAGUUGUGCCGUUCUAAAAACUAUCAACUCAGUUAUACUAACUUAUAUUGAUUUGAUUUAUUCGAAAGUUUUGUGCGAAAUUCUUGUAGUUGUAUAUCAACAUUUCAGUCAUUUUGAUGUGUUUAAAUAAAUACCCUAUUUUUGCGACUGUA